AUGCCAACCGCCUUUUAUCCACCCUAUCCGGAGUACCCCUCCCAGGCUACAUACCCAUCCGUGGUUCCCAUACCUAACCUCCUAUCCACCCACAACGCACCUCUACCGACAUUUCCAAGAGACUACAACAUGCAUCACCCUGUCCGAAGUAUGGAUACCCAUCAUAACAGCCGUCGCGCUCAAUAUAAUAUCACUCCUCAUUUAUCACCAGCCAAUUCCGUUUCUGACUGCGAGGGCUCUCUUCAACCAGUCUCUGGAACAAGGUGGCACGUCGCUGGACAAGGACAAGGACAAGAAAGGCGAAACGAAUAUAAGGAGGCAGACCCAUUGUCCACUGAAUCCGAGGAAGCAGUUGCAGAAUCGAUUGUACGGUCAAGAAAGAGUUGGAAGACAAUCAAGGGUCGUUCCGAGCCUGUGUGGCCUCCGCAUUUAGAAAGGGCUCUUGUCCAAGCCCUCCUUCAAUACAAGCCGCAAGAUUCGCGAUACGUGCGAGCCUUAGGCCGCUUUCCGAAACGCAACCGCUACAUUUCUGAUUUCAUAUUUGAAACAACUGGUGUACGAAGGACUCCGAAGCAAGUCGGCAGUCGAUUGCAACAGUUAAAGGACAUUAGUUGUGGAAAGAUGCUCCUAAAUCAUGUUGCAAGUCGGUCGAUGUCGCCCACUCCAUCCACGUCGCCCUCCGUCAAUGACGUCUCUUCGCUUCCCUGUUCCAAUGCUCUUCAUAAUAUGGAUUCUGUGGUUGACGAGAUUCAAACGCUUAAAUCAGAAGGUUCGCAGUCCCCCGUAUCCCCACUGAGAGGGAUGGGCCCCGAAUUCGACUCCUCAUCCGCGACGCAAGUUACAUUAUUGGAUCCUUACGCCACGCACGUGGGAAGCGCGUUGACGCAGGGAAGCUGGUAUCCGUACAACCAAUGCAUGCCAAUGCACUCGCACAUAUAG